UCGAGCUCGAUACACGUCGACGUCUCCAACUAUUAACAAAAUGGCGCUUGCCAGUGUGUGCGGAUUGCCUCAAUUUGCUCCAAAUUCUGGGUCGGUUUCUUCUAGAGGAGCUGGUUUUGAAGCACUUGACAAUGUAGAGCCUGAAUUUUAUAAUGAGCCGAAGUUCACUCUCCCACAAGUUGCAGAUCCUGCAGAAUAUUUAAAACAAUUUGAAAAAGAAGACAGUGAUGUAAAAAUUCGUUUCCAUCAUGGUACAACAACACUAGCAUUUAAAUUUCAACAUGGAGUUAUUGUAGCUGUAGACUCAAGAGCAACAGCAGGUCCUUUUAUUGCUUCACAGACAGUGAAAAAAGUGAUAGAAAUCAACCCAUAUUUACUCGGUACCAUGGCUGGUGGUGCUGCAGAUUGUUCAUUCUGGGAAAGAGUUCUAUCACAGCAGUGCAGAAUCUAUGAACUACGGAACAAGGAAAGGAUCUCAGUAGCAGCUGCAUCCAAACUCUUGGCAAAUAUGGUUUAUAAUUACAAAGGAAUGGGUCUCUCAAUGGGUACAAUGAUUUGUGGCUGGGAUAAGAGGGGACCUGGUCUUUAUUAUGUAGAUAGUGAUGGUACAAGGAUAACCAACUAUAUGUUUUCUGUUGGCUCUGGAUCUACCUAUGCUUACGGAGUGUUAGAUAGUGGAUAUAGAUAUGAGCUAUCAGUACAGGAAGCCUAUGAUCUAGGUCAGAGAGCUAUCUACCAUGCUACCCAUAGGGAUGCAUACAGUGGUGGUGUUGUCAAUUUGUACCAUAUGAAAGAGACUGGCUGGAUUAAAGUGUCACAAAAUGAUGUUAAAGAGCUACACUACAAAUAUCAGGAUGAGAAAAACAAGAAAUAAUAUUCAUUAUCUACAUUUCUGUUAUUUCUAAGUUGUUGUAAGGUUUCAUUCCAUGCUGAGAAUCUCCACAAAUAGCCAAUAUUUUCAGUUGCACAUGACAAUGGUUAUUUUUCCAUUCCAAUAGUAGUAAAAUGUUCUGUCCCUUUUCCAAUAAAUGCCAUUUAAAAGCAGUGACAACCCACAGUUGAUGUAUGAGAAAUCUAGCAUUGAUCAGGUUAUGAAUCAACAAAAAAUCCAUGUUCCCUGCUCAGAUUUCUUGUACAUGCUUGUAAAUGUGUUGAUGGACAUCAUUUUUGUAUCAUUAAAUGUUCUAAGUUAAAA